GCCCCACCUAGCCCGUUGUUUUCCACCAACCCGCCUGCCCGCCCGAAACCUUCCUUGCGCCUCAAUUCACGUCUUAGACAUCACACAAUCGGAAAACAUCACGAUAUAGUCUUGUUAGGUUACAAGACAUUAGUUCAAGUCGCAAACAUGUCAACAUCUGAAGAUCAAGAGCUGAUGGCCAAGAUCAGCAAAUUAGCUGGUCAAAUUAAUCGCCACAAAGCCCAGCGCGAUGGCGUCAAUUCGGAUCCUAACCCCCCUUCCCGAGCAUCCCAUUAUCGUGCUGCCCCGUAUCCUCGUGGUGGCUAUCGUGGCGGACGUGGCCGACCCCUCCCGACCUAUCGCAACAAGACUCUAGUUCUCAAUGGACAAUCUCGGCCUGCAGCCGAUACUAGCGAUACCGCCAACGAGACUUCCGAUCCUGCGUCUCCGUCGUGGGUCACGAAGACCGACCGUCAUAUGCAGCUGAUCAACACUUCUGUAUACGAGAAGGAAUCGCAGCAACGCGCCAGUGCCAUAGAGCAGACUCAUCGCCAGAAGCAAUUCCAAAGGAACAACCGCGAGAAGACUGUUUUUAUGAACAACGUGCUUCAGGGUGUUGCUAAUGUUAAACCUGUUGGGCUUCCUAGCGUAUCCACACCAGCUUCCCAAUACGAGGUUGUAGUGGAUGGCAUUCUCUUUCGAGUUGUGCAGCAAGGCAGCAAGCUUGUGAAAGCACCCGACGACGUAAACCCCCCUUCGGCUACCCCCAAAGUGACAUCAAUCGGUGGUGUCAAAUUUCAUCGUACUAAGCACGGCAACCUUGUGAGGCACGGUGUCGUAAAAGCCCAGCGGUUUGCUGGCGGAGUUAAGAAGGUCAACGAGCAGUGCAAGACCUUUUCAUGGACCGGAUCAUGCCCGAAAGGCCCCGGAUGUCGGUAUAUCCACGAUGCUUCUAAGACGGCUAUCUGCCGAGAGUAUCUUUUAAAGGGUAAAUGUCUACAAGGUGACGCUUGUGACCUUUCACAUGACAUUACAGAAGAGAGAACCCCUCUCUGCGUGCAUUUCGCCAAGGGCAAUUGCUACAACACCUCGUGCUCAUAUAUCCAUGCGGCACACUCCCCAACAGACCCCGUAUGCCGAUCCUUUGGAAUAUAUGGAUACUGCGAGAAAGGAGCGCUAUGUCCUGAUCGCCAUGUAUUCGAGUGUCCUGACUUCAGCAACACCGGCGUAUGUAAGCUCAAGGGUUGUAAGCGGCUUCAUAUCGAAAGGGCUAGUGUCCUUCGAAAAGCAAACAACCGCGCAUCUAGUGAGGAUACAGACGUAUCUAGCGACGACGAUGACGCCGCAGCAGACAGCGAUGACAUCGACUCCGAUGAGGUUGAGGAGUUUGUCAAAAACGAUGGCGAAGAGGACCUCGAUUUUGUCCAACAAAGGGAUUACAUUGGGUUUUAACAAGCCUCGCCGGUUUUUUACUAACUAUCUAGGCAUUGAAGAUGUGGCUCGUUUGGACAAAGCCUGUAUUGCCAAGGCGAUGUACUUACUGCCUUUCUUAGAAUCGGUUUCUAGCUCUUUAGCUAGCAUCUAGACGGCACAUAUCACGGCCGUUGGUUGGCGUUUGAAGGUUGCCUUAUUCGUACAACAGUUCGUGAUACCCAUUGCGAUGCGUUUCGCCUUAGGCGACCGUUAGGAGUUGAUACCCUGAGUGGAAGAAGAAAAAAGAAAGAAAGACAAAAGAUAGUCAAUUGUAAUAGAAAAUAAACAUAUUGUAUAACCAUGAUGGUAUAUUGAGUAAUUAAGGAGUAUCUAUCUGA